AUGGUCCGUCGUUUUUCAAUUGCUGCUCCUGAAUCUGCAAAAGCAAUUCUUGGGGAACGUUUGAAGUUCCCAAGUGGAAAGUAUGCCCAAAAUCGUUUUUUGAAAGCUGCUCUUACCGAAAUGUUGUCCGUUUUCGAUCAUUCAAAUCCAAAAGUGAAUGGAGUUCCCACUCAAGAAAUUCUCAAUGUAUAUGAUAAAUGGGGAAACGGAAAGUUUGGAUUGGUCCUCACUGGAAACGUCCAGGUGUCACCGGUUCAUCUUGAGGCUCCAGGAAAUGCUAUGAUCUUCAAAGAAGGUGAAACUCCGGCUCGUCGUGAAGCCUACACAAAAUGGGCUCAGACAAUCAAACAGGAUGGAGCACUUGCCGUUGUUCAACUUUCUCAUGGAGGACGUCAAACUCCAAUUACAGUCAAUACGACUCCAUUCUCCGCAUCGGAUGUAAAACUGGAAAAGGAAGUUCGUUUUCUGGGAUUCGGGAAACCAAUUCCACUGACUGUGGAACAAAUUAAAACUGAAGUGAUUGACCGUUUUGUUUAUGCUGCAAAAUAUGCAUACGAGACUGGGUUCGAUGGUGUUGAACUUCAUGGAGCCCAUGGAUACCUUCUUGCUCAAUUUACUUCUCCAACCACAAACAAAAGAACCGAUCGGUAUGGAGGAUCAAUUGCUAAUCGACAAAGAAUAAUUCUUGAAAUUUAUGAAGCAAUUCGAAAAGAAAUUCCAGCAUCCACGGGUUUCUUGGUUGGUUUAAAAACGAAUUCUGUUGAGUUUCAAUCAGAAGGAACAACCGCCGAUGAUGCCGUAGAAAUGUGCAAAGCCUAUGAAAAGAUUGGAUUUGAUUUUGUCGAAUUGUCUGGUGGAACUUAUGAGCAAUUGGCUUUCCAGCACAUCAGAAAUUCUACACGACAGAGAGAAGCAUUCUUUUUGGAGUUUGCAGAGAAAAUUCGUCCUGUCUUCAAAAACACCGUUGUCUAUCUUACUGGAGGAUUCAGAACUGUUAAUGCGAUGGUAGAUGCUGUGAAAACAGGAGCAACCCAAGGAAUUGGAUUGGGUCGUCCAAUAACUGCUGAACCAGAUCUUCCGAAAAAGAUUCUGGAAAGAUCCGUCCCAUCUGCCAUUCACGAUGCUCUUGAUCAAAACAAUUUUGCUGUUUCUCUUCUAGCGAGCAAUACUCAAAUGGAACAAAUGGGAAGAAAUUCAUUCAAGGAGGCUAACCAAAAUGUGUCAUACGGUCUCAGCGAUUUCAGUGACGAAGAAACAGUCAAAAGAUUCGGAAAGGCAAUUGAAGAUUUCAUCGAAUUGACAAGAGUACAAGCAUCCAAAGGAGUUGCCAUUCCAGCUGUUAUCACAUUUGAGGGGGUCAACGUUUAA